UGGUGAAAAUACCGUUACCAGUUUUAAUAGAUGUUGAUGGUGAUGACGAACUACCAACUUAUCAGCAAAUUGUUCCAAAUUACCGUGAUCCAAAUUUUUAUUUAACAAAUAACUUAAGUGCAUCUUCUAAUAAUAAUAGAAAAAAAGGUUAUAAAUAA